UUCAAAAUGGCUGCGCCCAUAAAAAUCGGUAACUUGGCUGCAAACAAAACUGUUUUCUUUUGCUGUGACAUGCAAGAACGGUUUCGAGAUGCAAUUCAGUAUUUUGCGGAUAUAGUCACUGUUUCAAGUAGGCUGUUGCAAGGAGCAAAGAUUUUAGAAAUCCCAGUCAUUGUAACGGAACAGUACCCCAAAGGCCUCGGCAAGACAGUUCCUGAACUUGAUGUAUCGCACGCUGUGGGCGUGUAUGAGAAGACCAAGUUUUCCAUGGUCCUUCCAGAGGUCGAGGAGAAAUUGCACACGCUUUGUGGUGGUGACGUCAAGCACGUGGUUCUCUUCGGCAUUGAGGCGCACGUGUGUGUGCAGCAGACGGUAUUGGACUUGCUGGAGCGUGACAUUGAGGUACACGUUAUCGCAGAUGCCUGCUCUUCGCGUUCCAUGAUGGACAGGACAUUUGCCUACGAGCGGUUCCGGAGUAUCGGGGCGACGGUAACGACAAGUGAGGCGGUUUUGUUGCAGCUGGUAGGCAACAAGGACCACCCGAUGUUUAAACCUAUUCAGGGCCUCAUCAAAACCAGCGCUCCCACGUCGGGCCUCGUCAAACUGUAGAUCAGUUUAUUUCCUUAAAAUGCGAUAAAUGGACGCCUGUCUAGAGAAUAUUUGGUAGUGCAGUUUGAAAGUGUCUUUUUGUACUUUGACAUGUUCAUACUUCGAUGAAACGAAAGUCAAACUGACGUAAGUGUUAAAGCAUCAAUAUCUUCAUAGUAUGUACAUUGUGUUUCACUGUUUAAUUUUUACAUGGUGGUCAUUUUAUGUCUAAUAAAUAUGAUAAAUGGUA